AACAUAAAAUCGGUAAAUUAGGAGAAAAUGUUUUUGUUUGGCAUGAUAAAUGCAUUAGUAAUGAAAAUGGAUGGACAAACAUGACACCUGAAUUUGAAAAAAUCAUAUCUCCUUCUUCGAUUUUAUUAUUUCGGUAUUCCGCUUUAACUUUUAAUAGUCAUCGUAUUCACUAUGAUCACAUUUAUUCAACUAAAGCUGAAGGAUAUCCUGGUUACUUGGUCCACGGACCACUCACCUGUACUUUUCUUCUUGAUCUGGUUCGUGACAAUCUGCCAAGUACUGCAUAUAUUAGAUCUUUCUCUUAUAGAGCAUUAAGUCCUUUAUAUGUUGGCGAAGAGUUUAAGUUAUGUGGAAGUAAAAGUGAUAUUAAUGAUAAAUCUUUUGAUGUUUGGGCUGAAAAUAUACAAGGAGGAGUUGCUAUGAAGGGAACUGCUAUGAUAG